AUGGAGUUUACCGGUAGAGCCUGCGUCUCCAGUGAUGGACGCUACGGUCUACUUGCACGAUUAAUCGCUGAAAUGCACUCAGUGCAAUGGCCAACAGAAGUGCCCAAUCCACCCGCAGCGAGGUUGCACUCGGCGUCCGCGAAACAGCGCAAGGAGCAGUUGCCGUGCUGCGAGGUUCGGCAAGAGAGAUGCUCGGUAACAUGUGAAGCAGCAAUGGCCCUGGCUACUGGAGUUGGCCUUGAUGAUCGACGGCGACCAUCAAGCGGGGUUGGCGCCAUGGUUCCUCGACAAGCACACGAAGGAUUUCUUGGUCAAGCUGGGGAAGGAAUGGGUCAGGGCACACCCAUUACCGUUGAUACUCGAGUAUGCUAUCCUUUACUGAGGAUGUGUGCGGGUUAUCUUCUGCAGAUAGUGGCCUCCACACCCGCAUUAACUUUUCGUAACUCCGAGAUUGUGAUCCGCAGCGACGACCGCACUAGCCAUCACCGACCUUGGGAUGUCAAGAAGAUGAGACAACCAGGGGGGACUACCCUAUCUCUAGGAGAUCGCAUAUUGCAGACUAAAACAUUGUGCUACAUGACACACCGCAGACCUUACUUCCAGACUACCACGUCCUCAGAGGCAAAAGCAGGAAUUGAUUCUGGCAAGGGGAAAGGUCAUUUGACGGCUCGGGCCCUACUUUCUCGAUCAGCAAGGAGAGGCCGAUCUUGCCGCAUCCAAAACGAUGGUGUGCAGUGUGUGGUGGGUGCUGGGUUGGGGGUUGGUAUAUCUUUGAGGCUGUUUCAAGCUGACAAUGCAAAAUUCAGGACCAACAACCCUAAGCGGAAUAUGCAGCGGAUUCUACCUGUUUCGUCUAUCCCAUCACUGAGGCUCAUCCGUCCAUGCAUAUCCAAAUGGGAUACUUAUGACCCGGCGUUUCACCAUCUGAAGCAAGAAUAUGGCUCUGAAUCCAUCGGAUCCCUCAAGCUUGCAGAGCCACGUAACAACGCAUGCGGCGGCGUAGGAAGGUCGUCGCCGCAGCUAAACUCAACUAAACAGCAAACAAAGAAUUACUAUUAA